UUCUAUUUAAAUUGAUUGAAUACACACGAUUGGUUACGAAAACCUUACAUGUUUGCUUUAUUGAUAAACUAAUGGAACAUAAUAAAAAACAGACAUUUAUUACAAUUAGAAGCGUAUCCAAUUUGUUAUCUCACAAGACGACGUAGGUCGGUAUAUAAGGUGCGGGGUUUGAAUCUGCUAUCAUUUCUGCCCUAGAUAGAGCUCUGAAUGAGUACAGUGCACCUACAGUCAUGUCGUAUGCCAGUAAUCCGGCCAUUGCAAAUUUUGUGGAAUAUCUGCAGAUACCGAGUGUGCAGCCAAACAUCAAUUAUGAUGCCUGCGUAAGUUUCCUGAAAAAGCAAGCGUCAUCGCUCGGUCUGGAAUUCGUAGUUCACGAGAUCGUACCGAAGAAGCCAAUCGUCAUUUUAACAUGGCGAGGCUCGGAACCGGCUCGUCCUUCGAUACUGCUGAACUCGCACAUGGAUGUCGUGCCUGUGUUCGAAAAAAGUUGGUCAUACCCACCCUUCAGUGCCCACAUCGAUAAGGAUGGAAAGAUCUUUGCCCGUGGCUCUCAAGACAUGAAAUGCGUUGGUAUACAAUACCUGGAGGCUAUUCGUAAACUGAAGGCUACCAAAGUGCAGUUGAAGAGGACUCUUCACAUCUCAUUCGUUCCAGAUGAAGAAAUUGGGGGCCAUGAUGGCAUGAUGAAGUUCGUGCAUACUCCCGAGUUCAAGGCGUUGAACGUGGGAUUCGGGUUAGAUGAAGGGAUCGCGAGCCCUGAUGAAGAAUUCAUCUUGUUCUAUGGCGAGCGAAGCAUAUGGCAAAUUCACGUUCACUGCCCUGGAACGCCCGGACACGGCUCCCUCAUUCUUCCGAACACGGCUGGUGAAAAGCUGAGAUAUAUCAUCGAUAAGUUUAUGGACUUGCGGGAACAACAAAAACGCAUCCUGGAAAGUGACCCCAAACUAACAACUGGAGAUGUGACUACGAUAAAUAUGACGCAGAUCUUUGGUGGUGUGCAAUCGAAUGUCGUUCCCGAAAAACUAAGUGUGGUGUUCGACAUGAGGCUGGCUAUUACCGUCGACCAUGUGCAAUUCGAGAAUAUGAUCAAACAAUGGUGCAAAGAAGCUGGGGAGGGUGUAACUUACGAGUUUGAACAGAGAAAUGACAAAGUGGAGUCCACCAAACUUGACGCGAGUAACCCUUACUGGGUAGCAUUCAAAGCUGCCGCCGAUGAGAUGAACAUUAAACUGGACUGCAGAAUUUUCCCUGCUGCUACGGACAGUAGGUACGUUCGCAAAGUUGGUAUCCCUGCGCUGGGGUUCUCGCCGAUGAACUAUACUCCAGUGCUUCUGCAUGACCACGACGAGUUUUUGAAGACCGACACAUUUUUAAAGGGUAUUGAUAUCUACGUCAAGCUAAUAACAGCUGUCGCUAACCUGUAGAGUACUUUUUACAAGUAAUUUAAGAGUAAAGGCGUAAGGCGUAUACCUAAGGUUAAUACCUAACAAUGUCUACAGACGGCCACACCGGACCGCGACCUUGGUGCGGCUCGGUGUACGUUUGAUCGUGUGUAAGAUUGUGGCGUCGUUCGUCCGUUAGGGACGCAGCUAUAAGUGAGAGCGAAAAAGAGAUAUAUAGACCGCACCACGGUCGCGGUCCGAUGCGGCUGUCUGUACAAACUAAGGUAAAUAAUGUUUACAAUGUGCCUUAUUAUCAUGUGAAUUUUAUAUCAUUUUUUAACUACUUAUAUUGUAGUAAAAUAUUAUUUAGUUAUAUAUUAUAAUAUUAUUGGUGAAAAUUAUUGUUAUUUUUUAUGUUGUUGAGGUAUGUAAGUUGGAAAUGUUUUUGCUCUAUGUUAAGAGUUUUGAUAUCCGGUAGGAGUCAUAAUUUAAUGUAACACUGACAUGUACAGUAAGAUGCAGAUAUAACUGACAACCCCUAGUGCAGAAACUUGUUUGCUAGGAGCUUACUGUAAAUAUUUCGUACAGAAGUAUAUUGAUAUACUCGUAGUUUAGGGAUCUUCAAACUACGGCCCGUGCAGCCUGCCAGUCUGGCCCGCAAAUAGUGCCAAAUUCCUGGCCGUGACCCUGGGGCCCUCAGUUCUAAAUGUUUGGAGGCCCCUAAUAUAUUUGCUAAUUCAUAAUUAUACAUGUUAUGUAGUAUUACGUGGUUUGUUUGUAGCCGUAUAUAAAAUUAUUUUUUUAAUAUAAUUAAAACAAUUCUAUCGUCAAGUUUUUUGAACAUAUUUUAGUCAUAUUUUUUGUACAACAUUUUAUAUUUGAUUCAUCU